UCCAUUAAUGAGCUAGUCAGCUUGUCUCAAAAAAAAAAAAAGAGCUAGUCAGCUAGACCGACCCCACGGCUCACCCCACCACCACCCUCGCUCGCAGGCAGGCAGGCAGCCCAGCCAGCAGCAGCCAUGAUUCUACAUCUCCUUCCAACCCAGCGGAGCAGCGAAAGGAUGACACCACAAGCCAAAUAAACCCAGGCGUCCUACCGCUUCUAGCUCCCUCCCUGCGGCCGGCCGAGGAGCUAGGAGGAAUCCAGCAGGGAGCGCCACGCGCGGCCGCCUCGCGUGGGGGUUUUAGUUGGUCAUCUUUGUUCCUGAUGGGGAACUGCGCCGGCGUGGAGGGGAACGCCGAGAUCAACCCUUCCUUCAGUGCCCCCAAUUCGUCAGGGACCGGUUCUAAGAACAGCAGCAAGAAUGCAACCGACACCAGCACCUUUGGUACCAAGACAUCCGGCUCUUCAUCGUCGGUGCCACCUACUCCUCGUACGGAGACAGAAAUUCUGGAAUCAUCAAAUGUCCGAAAGUUCACCUUCAGUGAGCUGAAAGGCUCCACAAGGAACUUCAGACCGGACAGCCUUCUCGGGGAGGGAGGCUUUGGCUCGGUGUUCAAGGGAUGGAUGGAUGAGCGCACGCUUGCACCUGUGAAACCAGGCACUGGGAUGAUUGUCGCAGUGAAGAAGCUUAAGCUCGACAGCUUCCAAGGGCACAGAGAAUGGCUGGCUGAGGUAAAUUACCUAGGGCAGUUGUCCCACCCUAAUCUUGUGAAACUUAUUGGGUACUGCUUGGAGGAUGAACAACGGCUUCUUGUGUAUGAGUACAUGCCAAGAGGGAGCUUAGAGCAUCAUCUUUUCAGGAGAGGGUCGAACUACCAACCGCUCCCAUGGAACUUACGGAUGAAAGUUGCACUUGAGGCGGCCAGAGGCCUUGCUUUCCUGCACGGCGACCAGGCCAAAGUUAUCUACCGUGAUUUCAAGACCUCCAAUAUUCUUCUCGACUCGGAGUACAAUGCAAAAUUGUCUGAUUUCGGUUUGGCAAAAGAUGGUCCAAGUGGUGAUAAAAGUCAUGUCUCUACUAGGGUCAUGGGGACACAAGGAUAUGCUGCCCCUGAAUAUCUUGCAACAGGCCAUUUGACCGCGAAGAGCGAUGUGUACAGCUACGGUGUUGUUCUUCUGGAGUUGUUGUCUGGGCAGCGUGCUCUGGACAAGAACCGCCCACCUGGCCAGCACAACCUGGUGGAGUGGGCUAGGCCUUACAUCACCAACAAGAGGAGGGUGAUCCAUGUCUUGGACUCGCGGUUGGGUUCCCAGUAUUCCCUUCCCGCGGCGCAGAAGACCGCAGCCCUAGCACUGCAAUGCUUGUCGAUGGACGCACGAUGCAGGCCUGGCAUGGAUCAGGUUGUGACCGUGUUGGAAGGCCUUCAAGACACCAAGAGUGCAGUGAGAUCUGGCAAGUAGGAGAAUGGCUAGUUACGGUUGGUCUUGCCUCUCUGAAGGAUCGUCGUCUUGUAGUACUCCAAUGGAGUAAAACGGUGAACGGAUGAGGGAUUUCAGGGGCAACUUGCUUCUGAAGAGUGUAUAAUAUUAAUAUAUCUUGCUUUGUGUAUAGCUAGCUGCUUCGUUGGUGCAACUUUUUCUCUACAUAUGUAUAUUUUAGCCGUCCACUUGUGUUGUAUCAAGUUCAAAAAUAGUUCUUUUUGUUGGGUCCA